AUGAAAUUUAUAAUAUUUGAAUAGUUGUCAUGUUUAGCGCAUUUACCUCAUAAUACCCAACCCUCUGAGUUCUGGGUCAUCUUUGUUGCUUUUAUUAUCAAUCUUUAAUACCUAGCCAUUAUGUUACCAAUAAGUGGUUGGAAUUUGUGGCAUUACAGCAAUGGACACUUUUACCUGUUAUCGAAGCUUGCUUAAGCUUCACUUAUCAUACCUUAUGGUUUUGAAUCUAAUUUUAAUUUUGGAGAUGUGGCAUUUGGUUUUGUGAUUCUACUUCUUAUCACUUUUGUGACAAUUAUCGCUAUCUUAGUAAUCCUAGGAAUACAGGAUGAUAUAAAUCCUCAUUAACAUUAUUCACUUAGGAAAUUUAUUUUUUAUUUCUUUGUACUUAGUACUACUAUAUUUUAAUUGCCAAUCCUUUUUAUUCUAAUUUCAUUUAUCACAAUAGGACGAACCAAUUUUAAUUAAGAGUAAACAAUUUUUAAUGUAAAAAGUGUUUUGAGUCUAAUAACACUGUUUAUAUUCUCAAUCUUUGUAUUUUUGUAGCAAUAUUUUUUGAGAGCGUAUACAUUUGUACCUUUUAAUUAUUUAUAACAAAAAUUUAAUGGACUGCAAUCAAUUUAAUACUGUUUCUCAAUUUUAAUAACAAUUUUGUACCUAGUUGAUUAUGAUACAAUAGUUCAAUAUACUUAAAUACUAAUAUUAUUCCUGCAAUUAUUAUUGAGAUUAUCCGAUUCAUAUUUUAUGAAGCCAUCAAUUCCUUAGAUCAAUUAAUUAUAAUUUUCAUUUAAUUUUACUCUCAUAGCAAUCCUAAUCAUAUUAACCAUAAACAUCCUAACCAAUAAUGAAUAAAUAUUCCAGGAGGAUCAAUUAGUAUAUGUGAUAAUGUUAUUGGGUCUCAUGGCAUUCCAUUUAAGUUAUUAGUUCUACAAUAUGAAAUGUUUAUCGGUCUUCGAUAGCGAAGUAACUCCAUUCACUUGUAUUCAUUACACUUAGGAAAUGCACUUCAAAUACUUGAUUACUAAUGAAAACUAAAAAAACAAGGAGUUCUUUGAAUUAUAUUUAUAUUGGAAAGGACACAAAGUAGUUUGUUAAAAACAUUGGCUUAAGUAGAAUUACAGAACAGAUUACAAUUAAAUCUAGAGAACACAUCAAACCAUAUUUUGCAUCUUAAACACAGAAUUAGAAAGAGCAUAAUAAGAUUCGAAAUCGACUUACGAAGAAUUAUAACUCUUGUAUAUAAGUUAUGUAGCUAUAUUCUGCAAAAAGCCGCUCUUAGCCUAUGUGGAAUUGAAGCGAUAUCAAAGCAAGUAAUAAAUUUAGUCUUUUUACUUCGUUAACAUUAGAUAUCAAAUGAGCAUCUAUCUUUAAGCUUUAAUAAAAAGUCAAUAAUAAGCCAAUCAACAAUUGUUUGGAUAAUAAAAAGUGGCUAUUACUGAAAGACAAUUGAGCAUUGAAUCAAUUUUUGAAGCUCUCUAAUUUCAGGAUCAAUUUAUUCCCAGAGUGAUUGAGUUACUAAAUGAUAAGAUUAGUUUUUGGAAUAGACAAAUUAAAGGCUUUAAUAAUAUAUACGAAUUAGAACGACUAGCGAUAAAUUAAAGUAAAAAAAUAUUUAAUUUGGCUAAUCAAAUAAAUUAAUAUUGUUCAAUUGAUAUUAAGAAUCUGGAUCAUCUGUCAAUUUCAAAUAAUGUGUAGGAUUUGAAGUUGAUAUCCAUUUUCUGUAGUUCUAUAAUGAAUGAUUAUUAUAGCACUUAAAUGUGUGAAACAGCCAUCACUGAAGUCUAUAAUAUUGAGCAUACGCUAUAAGAAGAUACAUUAACAAAUCUAUCCUUUAUUUAAGAAAGGGCAGUUAUUUUGAUGUUAAGUUUAGUUAAGAAUAGAGGCAGGAUAAUCAAUCAAGAUAAGAAGAUGAUGUCUUAGUUUUUUAAUUAUAGUGAACAGGAAUUUGCCUAGAUUGACAAUAUAUCAGGACUAAUGCCCCCCUUUUUUGCAGAGAGACACGAUAAAUUACUAUUAAAUUAUUUGUAAACUGCAAAGUCACAAUUCUUUGACGAUUACAAUUAAGUCUUUGGCUAAUCAAAAGAGGGGAUGCUCGUUUCAUAUUAACUUAAAUUUGAUAACAAUUUUAGCGAAUUAGAUGACUAUGUUUUGAUUGGUUGUCUCUCUUAAGUGAAGAAAUCAUCAGAUUAUUUACUAUUUGGGGAAGAUGGAUUUCUAAUCGGGGCGACUGAGAAUUUUAAUUCCACUAUUAUCAAUUCUAAGGAUCAAUCAUAUAGAAUAUUACAUGAAAAUUUAAGUCAGUUAAAUGCUUUUUUAAUAAUUCCGAAUAUGAUGGAGAUAUUGAAUGAGUUAAAGAACUAAUUUGGAAAGGAAUCUAUAUAUAUUUAGUAAGACAAGUUUUAUAAAAUCUGGAAGUAUAACAAUAAUAAAGACUUAUAUGAGAUGUCAAUUAAGCUGGGUUAUUCAUCAAAAUAGAACUCAUUUAUCAAUGAUAGUAGUUUAUUUAAAUCUCGAGCCUCUUUUGCUUCAAUCGAGAAAGGAAAGGCAGAUAUUCAAAUAUAUUAAUAAUUAGGGUAGUCUGUAAGUGACACAAAAAAGUUGAAAGGGGUUUCCAUCUUGUAAGCAUUAACAAUCUACAAUGGUACAUUCAAUAGUUAAUUAAUGAAUUCAUUACAAGUGUUAGAAAGUAAAGCUAAGUAACAGUAUAUUGCUAAAAUUAAUAUAGUGUACAAAAUAAUAGGAAAAAAGGAAAACAGGAGGAGUUAUUUUAUUUUGGAAAUAAAUGAUUUGAGGAAGGCUGAUGAAUUAUUUAAGACUAACGAAUCCCUUAUGAAUAAUCAACAUACUUUUUCAAUUUAGACUACAAACAAAGGCAAUAUGCAUACCUUUUAAGAUCCAAGUGAAAGUUAUUUGGGAUCAUUAAACGUAGAUAAAGAGGAGGUUACACCUCAUAUGUCUAAGUAACACCAACCUGGAUUUGCAAGACUUUUGAGUAAAUAUGAGGGGAAGAAUCAAGUAUAAUAGAAUUAUAUGGACUUAUUGGGAAUGGAAUCGGCAAGAGAUAGUAUAAGUUACGGACCCUUAUCUUAAAGAAUCAAUUUCAUAAGUCCAUCUUCUAAAUAACAGCAUAUGUAGGAAUUGAUAGAUAAGGACUUUAUGGAUUUAUAGAAUCAAUUGGAAUUAGGGAAUGAUGAUAUAGGAAAUGAGAUUGAGGUUGCUGAUUCAUCAAAAGUCAAAAGUAAUAGUAAGGAUCAAAACUAAAAGAGCAAUAAUCUUAUGGAAAUAUUACAAAAUAAUAGAUUAAAUUAGAAAAAUGAAGAUUUAGAAAGAGAAGCCAAGAAAUCAAAAUCAAGCAUUACUUCUGGAACUUCAGGGAUAUCUGCAAUAUCUACAAUUAAGAAAUUUUAAUCAAAAACAGAAAUGACUAAUAGUUUAAGAGUUCUGGUCAUUAUCAAUAUUAUUAUCAUACUGAUAGUAUCUACCUAUAUUAUUGCUCAUUUAAUGAUGAUUACUUCUUACAACAAUUAAACUUAGUUAACUCUCUCAAACAUCAAUGGACCAACAUUAUUUAAUAGGUAUUUUUUUAAGGUCUUCACCUACACUUGGAGUUUGGUUUUCAACAGUCUUGGAAUUAUUGAAAGCAGCGAUUAUUUGAUAACUUAAACAAUCUCGCAAAUGGCAGACUUAGCCUCAAUUAUUUUCGAUAAUUUACGGAAUAUGUACGAUACUUUUAUUGGAAUUGAAUAAUCUGGGAUGCUCAGUUCAAUCAACUUAGAUUUUCUGUAUCAAGACAAUGAAAAUGUUACAUAUACUUAUUUUAUCAAUAUCAUUUCUAAUGUGGCCGACACUUUGUUUCAAGCACUUAAAUACAACAUAAAGACUUUGGUUUAAUUGAUUGAUCGUAAUUAUUUAGAUAAUUUAUUGAUGCUUAGAUAUAAUCUAAAAAAUGUAGUGAACAUGAACUUUUAAUUGAUAGAUUCGCUUAAUGAACUAUUUUUUGAGUAGCAAUAAAGCCAGAUUGAAGAAUUUUAAACUUAGAUUAUUAUAGAAAUACUAUUCUUGAUUUUAGUAAUAAUAUUUUAAUUGAUCUAUUGGAAAUAAAUAGAAUAAUAUAGCUAAUAAAUAUUGAUACUAGUUGGAAGAUUGUAAUUGAGUUAAGCAUAAGAGAUGAUAACCAGAUUUACAGCAGUUACAGAAACAUUAAAGUAAUUAUCUGGAAAAUAUGGAUGGAAAAAGUAAAACUAUUACAAAUUGCUUUUCUUUCCCUUAAAUUAAAUAGGGAUUGAUACUAUGUAAACAUAAUCUAGAGUGCUUAAAGAGUAUCAAUUAUCUUAAGUUGGUGGAUCAACAAUUAAGAUGAAUCAUAUGAUUGAAGAUAGAAAAAACUAUAAAAAAAACCUAAAUGUAGUGCUCAACUCAAAAAUUAAUAAUACAAAUACUAGCAUUUGGAGUGCAACUAUUAUCAUUACGAUAACUUGCAUUAUCUUUCUUUUUUUUCUAUUAGGGGGCUUUUUAUUAUUUAAAUAAUAGUAGAGCGAUUUAUUACCUACCUAAUAAUUGACACUCAGCUUUAUUCGUUUUACUUCUCAACUAGAUAUCGUAGUUAGUACAGCAUUCAUUACAAAGACUUAACCAAUUCUAUAUAACAAAUUAGUUGAUUUGAAUAUUUAUUCAGAUGAAGAAAUAGAGACCUUUAGAGACUAACGAGUAAUAAUUAAGAUCUUCAUUUCCCUUUAUUCGAUCUAUUUUGAAAAUAUCACUUAAAUUUAUGAAAAUAUAAUUGAAUCCAAUAAAAUCACAGAUGCUGAUGAAAACACAUUAUUAAUGUUAUUCUCAAAUGACUUUUGCGAGUUGUUGAGUUAAGAUAUUCCCUUCUGCAAUUAUGACAAUACAACCAAUUUUAAUGAAAAAUAUGGAACACCAACUCGUUUAGAUGAUAAUAGAGAUUAUUUAAGCAAAGGCAUUUAAGGAGUUGUGAGCAAAUUAGAUUAAUUCUUCAAAUAAAACUAUUAUUAUGAAACAAACUAAGUUGAUUAUUACCCAGAUUUAUCUGUUGUGCUAGAAUUAUUUAAUACAAGGGAAUUUACAAACACCUUGAUUGAACACUUUCUAGAUACUACAGAUGGAACCAACCUAUUUGUAGAUACUAUACUGAAAUCCGUAUUAAGCAUAACUUAAAAUGAUCUAAAUUUGAUGUAUACUUAUUAUUUAGUAACUGGUUUGCUCCUCAUAUCGAUUCAUUUUUUAUUUUAUGGUUGUUGGAUACAUAGAACCAAUCAAAGACUGAUAGAAUUAAGAUUAAUCUUAACUAAUUUGCCGAUUGAAGUACUCACUGAGUAACAUACAUUAUCAUUACUCAAGAAGCUAUAAUGA